CUCUUUAGUUUCGUGCUAGCUUCACCGAGGCCGAGCAAGUUCUGCUGACUAAGUCAAUUAUGCGUCCGCGGGAAUGAAUUAAGAGGCUCGAGUAACGAGUACAGUAAGUGUGGGUAGAUACACGCACGACACGAUGAUAUUACGAUCGUUGGUGUUGCGGCAUGGCCGCCGCGCACUCCCCAGGCCAACGACUCCCCUCCGCCAGUCAUGGCGACGAUGCUACGCCAGCCAGAUCGAACGAACGUAUACGAACCCCCUGGAAGACCAACUAUAUGUGGAAGGCGGCCCAGAUGCGACUAAAGCGCAAGCCAUCAACAACCUGCCCAGCCGCAGCGAAGUGGCACCAGAUGACACCGUAGCGGCCGACUGGGAGUUCUUCCGCCAUCAGAAAGCCGUGACCGGCGACUUGGGCAGCGCUCUCGCCCCCCACUACAAGCCGCAUGAGCUACUCUCCAACCCACCGAAGCCCUCCGACAUCACGCUGGAGCUACUGAUGGCCAGCCAGAGCCACAUCGGCCAUUCCACCUCGCUUUGGCAUCCGGCGAAUGCCAAGUAUAUCUUCGGUGUGCGCGGCGAACAAGACCCCAUCCACAUCAUUUCCCUCGACGUCACCGCAGCGUACCUAAGGCGAGCAUGUAAGAUCGUGCGUGGCGUGACCGAGCGUGGUGGGCUUGUCCUUUUCGUAGGCACGCGAGACGGUCAGGUUGGAGUCGUCGUGAAAGCCGCCAAGAUGGCCAAAGGCUGCCAUCUCUUCACCAAGUGGAUUCCCGGCAGCAUUACCAAUGGCGAGCAGAUCCUUGGUAAAUGUCGGAAGAAGGUUGUGGAUCACCUCGACGUAGAGGUUGAAGGCUUCGAGGACCAGCUCCUGCAGAAAGCGGUGCUGAAGCCGGAUUUGGUUGUCUGUCUCAACCUACCCGAGAACUACAUUCUUCUCCACGAGUGUGCACUGAACAAUAUCCCCACCAUCGGCAUCGUGGAUACGGAUUGCAAUCCCACAUGGGUGACUUACCCGAUCCCGGCCAACGACGACAGUCUGCGAUGCGUGCAGGUCAUUGGAGGUGUACUUGGACGAGCUGGAGAAGAAGGACAGGAACUCAGACUGCACAAGGCGAAGAAUGGGAUCGUCGACUAUCAGCAGAACCACAGACUCGAGAAGCCGAAGGAGAAGGAGGAAGAAGACGGCGGUGAAGAGAGGAGCAGAGGGGGACGGAUGCUCCGGGCAGGCGAUGAGUGAGGAGUGGAAUGUAUUGCUUGUCGGACACCUCAUGCGUAUGCCAGGUGUGCUGGGCCACACUGCAGAAGCCGAAGCGAGAGCUCGAAAGCCUUGACGCGCAAAAUGUACAUCGUCGGUGCAGCAUUACCAGGGUGGCAAGACCGGCCCUCCGUUGCGGCGGAGGGUCAAUGGA